GCUGUAUAAGCCUCUAGUCAUGUGCAUAUAUAUGUGACGUCAUUUCGAUGAAUAAAAUGCGAAUACGCGCUAUGACAGACGCUCGAUACAAUUUCACGAGGGUAAUGUAGAAACAGCUGGGACAGAUUCAUAAACAAAAGAGACAUCUAUACUUGCAAGAGCCGCAGACCGUCUGAAGGCAGAACGGUGGGGUUCAGAACACUCUGAAGUCGGACAGGUAUCGAUAUCACAGAACGUGAUUGAUAAACUCGAGCGAAUUUCAGCCUUGCAGCACUUGCCAUGGAGACGAGUGGAAACAUCUCGGACUUACUUUACGCGCUUUCUAACCCAGUGAUGUCGAAUAGCAGCGUAUUCUGCCGAAACUUCAGCAACAGCUCAAGUCUCGUGAGCAUGAACAGCUCCAGAUGUGAGAGGACGGCUGAGCUGGACAAAAGCUCAACUCCUGUGAUAGUGGCCAUCAUAAUCACUGCCUUAUACUCUAUCGUUUGUGUGAUGGGACUGGUGGGCAACGUCCUCGUCAUGUAUGUGAUUAUAAGAUACACCAAGAUGAAAACUGCGACCAACAUCUACAUUUUCAACCUUGCUUUGGCAGAUGCCUUAGCAACAAGCACUCUGCCGUUCCAGAGCGUCAAUUACCUGAUGGGUACAUGGCCUUUUGGAGACGUGCUGUGCAAGAUUGUGAUGUCCAUUGAUUACUACAACAUGUUCACCAGUAUCUUUACCCUCACGACUAUGAGUGUCGACCGUUACAUUGCUGUUUGCCACCCGGUUAAAGCCCUGGACUUCAGAACCCCCCGGAAUGCUAAGAUUGUCAACGUGUGUAACUGGAUCCUUUCAUCCGCCAUCGGUCUUCCUGUCAUGGUCAUGGCCUCCACCACUAUUGAGUACCACAGCAGUUCGUUUGGCAUCAUUGAUUGUACUUUGCUCUUUCCCCAUCCUUCCUGGUACUGGGAGAACCUCCUAAAGAUCUGCGUUUUCAUCUUCGCCUUCAUUAUGCCCGUCCUCAUCAUCACCAUCUGUUACGGCUUAAUGAUCCUCCGCCUGAAGAGUGUGCGCAUGCUGUCUGGCUCCAAGGAGAAGGACCGCAACCUCCGGCGCAUCACCAGAAUGGUCCUGGUGGUGGUGGCGGUUUUCAUCAUCUGCUGGACGCCGAUCCACAUCUUCGUCAUCAUCAAGGCUCUGGUGACCAUUCCCAGCUCCCUCCUGCAGACCGUCACCUGGCAUUUCUGCAUCGCCCUCGGCUACACCAAUAGCUGCCUCAAUCCAGUGCUCUACGCCUUCCUGGAUGAGAACUUUAAGCGCUGUUUCCGAGAGUUCUGUGUUCCCAGUCCAUCCGUGCUGGACCUCCAGAACUCCACACGCACCAGAAAUCCCCAGCGUGAAGGCCAGUCCAGUGGCCACACAGCAGACAGGACGAAUCAGCAGGUAUGACUAGUCCUGGAAAUGUCAUCACUGGAGUCCCGCAGCCAGCCCAGUGUUGACAUGAGCUCAGAUGCCACACAGAUCACCACCGGUGUCUAGCACCUUCACCUACAGGAGCUGUGCCUCUUGAAGCAUCUUACCCAGAGCUGUUUCACAAUUUUAGUACGGAGAAAGACUGCUGAAGUGAAUUUCAAUGUGAAAUAUGAAAUAUACUUGAUUUCCGAUCCCAAUAAGCUGAACUUAUAUCAGUAUCAGUGAUGUUCACAGCUAUGCAUCUGACAUAUCUGUUAUGUUAGUCCAACAUUCAAGAACUUUAUAUUAUAUAUCCUCUUAGAGUUGCAUCUUAAGUCUCCUUCAACAUGUAAAUAUUACUUAAAAAGCUAUGAGAAUAAUUAUUUUAUAACUCAUGACAUUGUUUUAUUUGUAGAACGAAGAAAAUGUAUGAAUUCACUUAUGAUCACAGAAAAUGUAAAUGAUGUACUUAACACAAAUGACUGUUGGAUAAGACAUGCGCACUGUUUCUCAGAUUUUCAAUGGACAAUAAGAAAUGCCUCUUGCAACAAUGGAUAAUUUUCAUGCUUCGGUGGUGACACAUGUAUUGUGCUUGUACUCUCUUGUACUAAUGUAAAUGUCAAAUGUAAAUGUCUGAUUGUCAUUCACAUUAAGACAUUAUGAAAAAAUGUAAUGUUUUAUGCUCUAAAUUCCCUUGAAGAUCUCUGUGCAGGUGUUUAUGGAAGUUUUUAUAUACUGUAUGCUGCAUCGUAAAUAAAUCAUUCACACUAGAAUAAGUGUUUUGAGAUGGUUAUGAAAAGUUAUAAAACUUUUAUGUGAUACGUCUUGUGGUGUGCCAGUCUUUAAUUGUUGUAGCUUGGAAAAAAAUAAAUCAGCAUUAAUUGAUGGGAGAUUUAUAUGCCUUAAGGUCCAUUGAAAUGUCAUUUAAUGUAGCAUUUUUAUAGAGCCUGAUUGUAAAUGUGAACCUUUCUAAAGGUGCUGUCAUUUUAACCACUGUUCUUGUUAACUUCAAACCAGUCAUUUCACUUCGCAGAUCAAAAUCACUUACCAGGACUCUUAUUAGUAAGAAAGAAUCCUGGACACAAUAUAAGACUACUGCAGCUGUUUUCAGUUAUCAGGAUCUCUUAUCUAGUUUGAGACCCAUGCCAGCUGUAAGGGGCCAAUAAUUUAAUUUCUGUAAUUCUUUGAAAUCAAAUAAUCAUGGCCUUUGAGCUGCCAUUUCGGUCAUUUUGAAGCACAGUUCCCCCCCACAUGCAGUCUUGCUGCAACACCCCGGGGAAAUCAAGGAACAGAGAGCUAGUAUGUUCAGGAUUGCUCAGCACAUAACCUAAGGCAUGAGAAACAGCAGAGCUCUGGAGAGCAGGCAAGAGGGGGCGGCAGUCAUUCAGGUCAUAAUUGCAGUUCGCAUUUAACUGUGGCCUUAGGGUACAGGAUAUUUUUCAGCAAUGUGAGAUUAAACCUAACCAAGGAGAUGAAGUCCAUAACAUGAAACCAAGAACAUUUUAAUUGAUUGUCCCAUAUGAAGGAACCAGAGCUUUACGUCAGCUGAUCUCUUUUCAUCCCUCCCACUAGCUAUGAUGAAUACAGCAUAAUUCAAGUUUGACAUGGAUUCUAUAGACUGCAGAGGAAAAAAGUGCCCUGGAGAGUAAAUUAAAUAUAAAGAUUGUGGAUGUAGUAAU